GUGAACAUGAAGGCUGCUUGGUCUAAAGUGGAGAAGUUCUACCCUCACAUCACACCCAUUGGCUGUGCUGCUCAUGCAUUCAAUCUGCUCCUCAAGGACAACAUGGCACUGAAAACAAUGGAUACACACUAUAAGAGGGCCAAGGAAAUGUUUAGGUAUGUGAAGGGUCAUCAAGUUCUCGCAGCAAUCUACCUCACCAAGCAAAGUGAGAAGAAUAAGUGCACCGCAUUGAAGCUGCCCAGCAACGCUUGUUGGGGUGAUGUUAUCAUGUUUGACAGUCUCCGGAAACUGCUGAAACCUAUUGCAGUAGCCAUUGCACGGAUUGAGGAAGACAAUGCCAUCCUGUCUGAUGUUCAGACUCUGCUUGCAGAUGGAAGAGAAGAAAUCCGUACUGCCCUGCCCACUUCACUGUUGCUCCAAGCAGAGGAAACUGCACUUCUGAAAUACAUCAAAAAGUGAAGACUUCUGCCUGAAGCCCAUACACGCCGCAGCAUACAUGUUGGACCCCAAGUAUGCUGGCAAGAGCAUCCUGUCUGACGCAGAGAUCAACAAGGCCUAUGGCGUCAUCACUACUGUCUCGCCACCUUGGCCUGGAUGAGGACAGGGUUCUUGGCAGUCUGGCGAAGUACACUUCUAAGCAAGGGCUUUGGGAUGGAGAUGCAAUAUGGCAGUCGUGCCAACAUAUCUCAUCAGCCACCUGGUGGAAGGGUUUUUGUGGAUCUGAGGCUCUUUCCCUUGAUGCCUCCAUCAUCCUCCAAAUCUCACCAACAUCAGUUGCCUCACAGCGCAUCUGGUCCUUGUUUGAGAACACACACACCAAAGCACGCAACAAGCUGACCAAUACAAGGGUUAAAAAAUUGGUGGCCAUCCGGGCAAAUUUGAGGCUUUUUGAGCCUGACAAUGAGCCAUCCUCAACAAGGUUGUAAAGUGACAGUGAAGAUGAGGUCUCAGAAUAUGAUAUUCAAGAGGUGGACAGUGAGGAGGUCCAGGGAGAAGACAUGGACGCCUGAGAGGAAGACAACCAAAGCUUUAGUUUAUAGACUAUCAUUUUACAGAUGUAUGUUGAAAAUGUUUUUGGGAGAUGCGAUGGAUCAUUCAAUAUUCCCUUUUGUUCAGUGAAAUCAUCCCAUGUGAGGAGUCGACACAUUUUAAUUAAAUUAAAUUUGAUUUUAUUUCUAUUGGAAGGAUUUAAUUAUUUGCAAUUAUGUCUACUGAUAAGGUUAAAGGUUUGUUUCUGUCUCCAUAUGAUAUGGUAAAUAUAUCCAAUGCAAAAAAAAAAAUCUACAUUUAAAUGGUAUUAAUAUUAAUUUACAAAGUUUCCACCUCUGAUUAUUCCCCAAAAUGUGCAACCCUAGUUGGGACUAUGUCUUGUGGAAGGAUGAAAUGGUAUGAAUAAAUUAAUCAAAUUUAACGUUUUAAAUGAAAAUGUCAUCAUGAUUUUAAUAUGUUGGUAACCGUGUGUGUGAUCAUGCCCGAGAAGCCGGUGUUUGGAGGAUAUAUUGGCACUGCUUGCCGGCCCUCAACUUAACACCCGUGCCAAUAUUUCAUCUAGACACCGGCUUCUCUGGCAUUAUCACUUAAAUGUCUGUUGUGCGACGCACAUGAACUGAUGUUGCACUUGUAUGCUAUUCAAAAGUAUAUGUUUACUCACCAACAGCUCUUUAUCUGUACGGCUGCCUUUUUUUUCUUUUUUUCCCCCACUAUGCUUCCUACUAGUGUUUUUUUCUCUCUCCAUUCUUCUCCCCUCUGCUUCCAUCAGAAAACCAUGAAUCACAACUUUAUUCAUUUGGACAAUUUGUCUUUUUCACUUGUAAAUGUCCACACUCACCGAAAAUGACAUUCGGUAGCUACUAGCUAUGCUUCUAUGAGCUGGAUUUACCUGUCUUUGGAAUUAAUCAUUUUUCGCUUGUAUGUGAUUUCGCAAUUACUUGUGCUAAUUUUGUUAGCAUUCUGGUAAUAUACGGCCAAUGUUUUUUUAUUUAUUUUUUAUUUUAGUGCCCCCUUGUGUUCUAUGCUGGUAAUACCGUAUUUCCCAGGAUGGCAGAAGAACAGAAUGAUGAGGUCCUGAAGGAGGUUGACGAUGUCUACGAGCGUUACCAGGGCGAGCAGGAUGCGGCACAGCGUAAGAGGCUUCAGAUCCAGCUGCAGCGGGCCCUCAUCAGUAGCCAGGAGCUCGGCGACGAGAAGAUCCAUGUGGUUACCCAGAUGACUGAGCUGGUAGAGAACCGUUCCCGCCAGAUGGACUCCCUCUGCCUCCAGGAGCCCAGCGAGAUCAGUGAGCGGGUCAUCACCGAGCGGCGCUCCAGUUCUGUCCAGGAGGCGGCGGUGUCCACCCCUGCCGAGCGUUCCUCUGCACGCCGGCCGAGACGCCAGCGCAACAGUGAGAGCCGUGACUCCCACCACACCUCGGGGAAUGGAGCGGUGAUGGACGACCCGGCGGAUGAGCUGCCCCUGCAGCCGCGGGAGAAAAGGUCCAAGUCGGCCAAGAAGAAGAAGCGCAAGGCCAAGCAGGAGCGCGACUCCUCGCCCGUGGAGUUCACCAUCGACCCCAAUGAGCCCACCUACUGCCUGUGCGAGCAGGUGUCAUACGGCGAGAUGAUCGGCUGCGAUAACGACGCGUGCCCCAUCGAGUGGUUCCACUUCUCCUGCGUGGGGCUCACCUACAAGCCCAAGGGGAAGUGGUUCUGUCCCAAGUGCAGAGGGGACAACGAAAAGACUAUGGACAAAAACCUGGACAAGAACAAAAAGGACCGGAGGUCCAGGUAGUAGUUACAAGUCCUCCGUCCGUUGUCCCUUUCCUCUCGGAACAUUGUUGAACUGAGCGUUGAGUUUACCAAAGUGAUUCAUUCAAGGGAUGACGAAAUGUAAAGUUCUGAGAGCAAGCGAACACUAUUUCCAGCAGCGCUUACUCUGAGUAAAGGACUUGACCAAUACUGAACUGGUGCUGAUACAAUACUGGCGACUCACACUGAAGCCUAAAUGUUGUUUUGCGAAGUCCGAUGUUGACUGUAAGGAUCCUCCGCCUAAGCUGCCAUCUUCUGUCUGUAUCCUGUGUUACUUAACCUCUCUGGGCUAGGCGGGACGAAUUCGUCCCACCUACGUAACAGCCAGUUGAAUCCUGUGGUGCGAUUUUCAAAACCUUUGAAAUGCUAUUACUUCAAUUUCUCAAACAUAUGACUAUUUUACAGCUAUUUAAAGACAAGACUCUCGUUAAUCUAACCACACUGUCCGAUUUCAAAAAGGCUUUACAACGAAAGCAAAACAUUAGAUUGUCAGCAGAGUACCAAGCCAGAA